AUGGCAUUAACGAUUGGUAAACGUAUAGCACGAACAACAACAUCAUCGAUUAAAGCAAAACGGAACAGAGCUGCUGAGAAUGAGUCAUCAGUUUUUGCAACACAGUUGGCAUCACUCGCACCCUCGGAUGAUGAUACAAUAAGAACUACAAUUAAUCAAUUUGAAGCAAAUCGUAUUUGGGCUCGUCCAUCACUUCCUGUUGAGUUACAUACGAAUAAAUCGGAAAUCGAUUUUCAAGUUGUUGAUGUCGAUUAUUAUAUGAACAGUGAAAAUAACAUUGUUAUUCGCUUGUUCGGAGCUACUGCUGGUCAGAAUUCAGUUUGCGUUCAAGUUCAUGGAUUUCUUCCAUAUUUCUAUGUAUUAUUGGAAAGUCCGUUUGAUGAAAAGAACAUAGAGUAUGCAAAAAAGUAUCUGAAUGAUAUUAUUAAGGCUCAGGUCCCGGCAAAUAUUGGUAUCCCAAAGAACGUUGAGAAUUUAGUUAUUGAUCUCGAUAUUGUACAUGGUGCCAGUAUUUACGACUAUAGAAAAGACCUGAAUCAGAAGUUUCUGAAAGUAUAUGUUUGUUCUCCGAAACUUCUCAAUUUGUGUCGGCGAGUAUUCACUAAUGGAGUGAGCUUGACGAAAGGAGGACAAAUUGAGUCAUUAUCAUGUUUUGAAACAAAUAUUGAUUUUGAAAUUAGAUUUAUGACGGAUCAUGAUUUGGUUGGUUGUGCAUGGGUUACAUUACCGUCGAAAAAAUAUCGAAUUAUUACGGGGAAGGAAAUGAUUAGUCGUUGUCAAUUUGAGUGUGCAAUAAACAAUACAGAUCUCAUUAUUCAUUCGUCUGAAUCAGGUCCGAGAUGGUCGUCAAUAGCACCACUGCGUAUUUUAUCAUUUGAUAUCGAAUGCACGAAUCGACAGGGCAUAUUUCCGGAAGCUCACACUGAUGCUGUUAUACAAAUAGCUAAUAUGGUCAAAGUUGAAGGCGAAAGUGAACCAUUCAUUCGGAAUUGUUUUGUAAUUGGUGAAACUGCUCCAGUCAUUGGCAGUGAAAUUAUUAUUUCUAAUUCAGAAGAAGAAUUACUUAAUAAAUGGGCGGAAUUUGUUCGUAUUGUUGAUCCAGAUCUCAUUACUGGUUACAAUAUUCAGAAUUUUGAUUUCCCAUACGUUGUAGAACGUGCUCGAGUACUAAAGAUCGAAAAUCGAGCGACCAUGCUAGGACGUGUUCCAAGUUCACUUUCGAAGGUUCGAGAAAUGCCUUUAUCUAGUAAACAAAUGGGUAACAGAACGAAUAAAAUAACAAAUGUUGAAGGACGAGUCGUUUUUGAUGUCAUUCAAGUCGUUUUGCGGGAUUAUAAAUUACGAAGUUAUUCAUUGAACAGUGUCAGCUACCAUUUUUUAUGUGAGCAGAAGGAAGAUGUGGAUUAUUCGAUGAUUGCAGAUCUUCAGAAUGGAAAUGCUUUUACACGUCGUCGACUAGCUAUUUACUGUAUGAAGGAUGCAUAUUUGCCGUUAAAGUUACUGCAAAAGUUAAUGUCCGUCAUUAAUUACAUCGAGAUGGCACGUGUUACCGGUGUUCCUCUUGAUUACCUGCUUUCUAGAGGUCAACAGGUCAAAGUCAUGUCACAGAUCCUGCGAAAAGCAAAAUCGAUGCAUUUCUUUUUACCGGUCAUUGAUGUCAUACAAGCUGACGAUACUUACGAGGGUGCAACAGUAAUCGAUCCUAUUCGAGGUUUCUACAGUACUCCAAUUGCAACGCUUGAUUUUGCAUCUUUAUAUCCAUCUAUUAUGAUUGCUCACAAUUUGUGUUACACUACGUUGAUUCGGGGUUCAAAUGCAGCAUACAAUUUGUCUAAUUUUGAUUUCGAAGUAACUCCGUCAAAUAAUCGUUUCGUGAAGCCGAACAUUCGUCGCGGUUUGCUACCUCAGAUUUUGGAAGAUUUGUUGAACGCUAGAAAACAAGUAAAGAAUGAGCUAAAAAAUGAGCAGGAUCCAUUUCGACGUAUGGUAUUAAACGGUAGACAACUUGCGUUAAAAAUAUCGGCAAACUCGGUUUACGGUUUUACGGGCGCUUCAAUUGGAAAAUUACCGUGCUUAGAGAUUUCUCAAUCAGUAACAGCUUAUGGUCGUCAAAUGAUUGAUUUAACAAAAAAUGCAGUUGAGGAGAUUUAUAGGAAAGGUUAUUUGGAUGGCAAAUGUCCAUGCGAUGCUCAGGUUAUUUACGGUGAUACUGACUCAGUGAUGGUGAAAUUUGGUGUUAAAGAUGUCAAAGCAGCGAUGGAACUUGGUUUGCAUGCUGCUACAGAAGUUAGUAAAAAGUUCACACCUCCAAUUAAAUUGGAAUUUGAAAAGGUUUACUCACCUUUUUUGUUAAUAAACAAGAAGCGCUACGCUGGUUUAUAUUUUACGUGUCCUGAGAAGCAUGACAAAAUUGACUGCAAAGGAUUAGAAACAGUUCGGCGUGAUAACUGCCCACUGGUGUCAAAAGUUUUGAGUACAUGUUUAGAAAAAAUGUUGUUGGAAAGUGAUGCUACAAGUGCUUUAGAACAUGCUAAAAAGGCCUAUGCUGCGAAACAAGCCCAUGUAGUUUUAGCAGAAAGGAUGCGAGAGCGCGACCCCGGAUCAGCACCGCGGCUAGGUGACCGCGUGCCCUAUGUUAUUGUUGCCAAAGGCCAAAAGGUGCCAGCAUAUGAAAAGGCCGAGGAUCCUUUAUAUGUAUUACAGAACAACAUUCCCAUUGAUACAGUCUACUAUUUAGAAAAUCAACUGGCUAAACCAUUGGCUCGUAUUUUUGAGCCUAUUUUGGGUGAUAAAGCUGAAUCAAUUUUAACAACUGGUGUGCAUACGCUGGUUAAAACAGUGGUGCAAUCCAAGAAAUCUGGAUUGUCACAAUUUUUCCAGAAAACUGAACGGUGCCUUUCAUGCAAGAGUAGCUUACCAAAAGGUGUAAGUGAUGCUACAUGCAUGUAUUGCAAACCAAAUGAAGGGAAGGUGUAUAUUACCCACUUAGCUCUAAUGAACACUAUAGAAAAUCGCUUUGCACGGUUAUGGACUGAGUGUCAAAAUUGUUCCGGGACAAUGAACGAGGAAGUGCUUUGCUCUUCGUAA